AUGGAAGCAUAUAGAAUGAUUUGGAAUGUGGGUUUGAUGUCUCUAAUUCUCUGGGUUAUCUGGACACCCACAAUGGUAUUUAUGGCAAUGGACUACCCCCCAGGAUCUAGUUCUGGUGACUUACAAGGCAGGUACCAGAAAUGGAUGAGUAAAUACGGUCGACAAUACAAGAGCAGAGAAGAGUGGGAGCGGAGAUUCACAAUUUAUCAGUUGAAUGUUCAGUACAUUGACAACUUCAAUUCUCUGGAUCAUUCAUAUACUCUAGCUGAAAAUAACUUUGCAGAUCUCACAAAUGAUGAGUUUAAGGAGACUUACUUGGGGUACAAAACUGAUUGGCUUCCUGAUACAUGCUUUAGAUAUGGAAAUAUGGUAGAUUUGCCUACUAAUGUUAACUGGAGAAAGGAAGGUGCAGUUACUCCAAUAAAGAAUCAAGGCCAAUGUGGGAGCUGCUGGGCAUUCUCUGCAGUAGCAGCAGUGGAAGGCAUCAACAAAAUAAAAACAGGAAAAUUGAUGUCUCUAUCAGAACAAGAGCUUGUGGACUGCGAUGUGGCCUCGGGGAACCAGGGAUGCAAUGGUGGUUUCAUGGACAAAGCAUUUCAAUUCAUCAAGAAAACUGGACUCACUACAGAAACAGAAUAUCCAUACAGGGGAAUUGAAUCUACAUGCAAUAAACAAAAAGUGAGAAACCACACCGUGGAAAUAAGUGGAUAUGAAAAAGUGCCUGCCAAUGAUGAGAAAAGCUUAAAAGCAGCCGUUGCUAACCAGCCAGUCUCUGUAGCAAUUGAUGCAGGGGGAUAUGAUUUUCAGUUCUAUUCUGGUGGAGUCUUCUCAGGCAAUUGUGGAAAACAACUCAAUCAUGGAGUGGCAAUAGUUGGGUAUGGGCAAGCUAGCAACAAAUCUUAUUGGCUUGUCAAGAAUUCAUGGGGCACUGACUGGGGUGAAUCUGGUUACAUAAGAAUGAAACGUGAUUCAACUGACAAGCGAGGUACUUGUGGCAUAGCUAUGAUGGCUAGCUACCCCAUCAAAGACUGAACAUAUUUCCUGGUGUUAAUUGAUCUUGUCUAC